AAUGGUGUCUUGUCUUUUGCAUUUUUAAAGCCAGUUUCACAAUGGUGAAGAUCUUUGUGGGCAAUCUGCCCCAAGAGGCGACAGAGGAGGAGAUCAAGGCUCUUUUCGAUGAGUACGGCACUGUCACUGAGUGUGCCAUUGUCAAAAACUUUGCCUUCGUCCACAUGGAUGACCGCAAAGCGGCCACCAAAGCCAUCAAGAAUCUGCACCAGCACAAGCUCCACGGCACAGCCAUCAACGUGGAGGCCAGCCACGGGAAGAACUAUGGUCCAGUCAAGAUUCAUAUUGCAAACGUGGAAAAGGGAUGCGACGAUGAGCUGCGGGCUCUCUUUGAAGAGUACGGUACGGUCUCAGAAUGUGCAGUUGUGAAGAAUUUUGCUUUUGUACACAUGCCCAACUAUGAUGAGGCCAUGGAUGCCAUCAAAGAACUGGAUAACUCUGACUUUCAAGAGAAACGCAUCCAUGUUCAGGUGUCCAAGAGUCUGCCCAAAUAUGAGGAGUAUGAAGAAUACCCUCCUGCCCCACCUCCCCCUCCUCAUCUCCCAGAAAGGGGCGGCUACUGGCCUCCUCGAUAUCCAGGAGACAGACCUGAGCCUCCUCCACCCAGCUACAUGAGGGGUCGUUAUAUGCCGCCAGGUUACCCCGCCCCUCCUGUGCCGCCCCCUCCCCCAAGACGAGCCGUUUAUCCUGAACGUCCCUAUAGCGCUGAUAGAUAUAGUAUGAUCGAUUACUACGAGAAGUACAGAGCCCGUGCAUAUGGCAUGUAUUCAUAUGAUGCUCGACGUUCUGGCGUCCCACCUCCUCCUCCGCCUCCCCCUCCACCCCCAGCCGCCGUCCGCGACCGUGUAAUGAGCUCGUCGCAUGACCCAUAUGAGCGUCGGCCCCUGCCUCCGCCUCCACCUCCCCCGACUUCAUACUACGCUCGAGACCGCAGCCCCAUCAGG